UAAAUCCUGCUCCUAAAUGAUACACUAUAAAUUAUUCUGAUUUAUUUGUGUUAUUAAUAAUAAUAUUACGUUAGUGACUCGGUUGCCUAGAAACGAUGUGCUACAUGGGAGGAGUCAUUUGAAGAAUAUACCGUUAUGUUAAAAAAUAUUUGAGUUAUUUUUUUUGUAUGGAAGAAAGUAUAGAACGUUGUAUCGAUAAAGAGUCACUUAUAAUUAUAUGUAUUUAUGUAUUUAUGUAUUUUUCUUUUCUGUGGUCGUUGCUGGGUCUGGUGCAAAGAAACAUCGGGUGAGGGGAGAUCUCGCGAGACGGUCUGGGGAGAAGACACAUCAACCUGCCCGAAUAUCGCCCGGUAACAGUUUCAGUCACAAUGAGUUGGACAGCAGAUGUGAUAAAAUAGAUUAGAAGAGGUGCUUGGUUGGCAGAUGCUUCAGUAUUCAAGGUUCUGAACUACUGAAGACUUGCACACUUAUUGCUUCUAAAAUGAAACUGGAGACGUCACUUUUGAAGGAACCAAAACAUAAAGAGUUAGUCAGCUGUGUAGGCUGGACCACAGCAGAUGAACUAUACUUAUGUAGUGAAGAUCACCUGGUCCUGAAGUGGAAUCUACAAGGUGACAUUUACCCCAUUGAUCUACACUGGUUUUCUAAAACAGUAGGUGGCAAGAAGCAGACUCAGGCAGAAAUCUUUGUACUUACCAGUACUGAUGCUGGUGAAGACGGGCAGAUUAAAAUAUGGUCAAAAAGUGGAAUGUUGCGAUCCACUCUGGCCCAACACGAGGUCAUAUGCAUUGGAGAACUGCGAUGGACUGGCAUCCCGUCCAGGGUGUGGUCUCGCCUUGCGCCCUGUGUGUGCCUGGUUAGGCUCCGGCUCACCGCGACCCUGUAAAGGAGUAAGCGGUUAAUGGUAAUGGAUGGAUGGAUGGAUACAUUGGAAAAGCAAAACCACUGGAUUUUCAACAUCAGGUGGUCUCUGGAUGGAACUCCAGUAGUCGGUGCCUGUGGAAAUGGACAAGUGGUGUCUGAUGGUUGAGUUGGGAGUGGAAAAACUUAGAGAUAACACUGGCCAAAAGAAGGACCAGGCUGGUAUAGUUUUAUUAAGAUUAGUUGGAAACGUAAUAUUUGUUUUUGUAUUAAUUUCAAGUUACACAGUGGUGCCCAUAGGUAUUUAUAAAUUAUAAAUAGGUAUUUAUAAAUAGGUAUUUAUUUUUUUGACUGGACAUGCAAGCAAAACUAUUUGUCCACAUUCAAGGUUUCGUCCUGUGAAGAGUAUAUUUAGUUCCUUUUUUAUUUUUAUUUUUAUUACAGUAUUUACGUCAAACAAAUACCUAAUCUUUCUUUCAAAUUCAUGAUUAUAAACAUACAGAAUGUUAACAAAAAACUUAUUUACAGAUUUAGUAAUUAACAAUAAUAAAAUAUGUACAUUUUAAGCUAAUUUAUUUUGAUGCUCAAUUAAAAUCCAUUGUAAAAAAACAAAACAAAAAAAGUGAAUGUAGUAGCGAAGUGAUAAACUAUUUACAGGUAGAAAAUUCCCAAGACAUCAGCACUUCUAACUAUACAUUAUAUUAUACGGCUUCUACUGUACCUACAUGACAAUAGCCUUCUUGUCUUCAAACCUCAGCAGCACUACAUGUUUAAAUUAGUAAAACCACAAGGUACAGUUUACAUGGUGUAAGCUGGUGUACAAGGUCAGCUGAGACAUUUUACAGAAUACUGUUUGCACAAACUAAACAAGCCAAUGUCUUAACCUAUUUAUUUUUAGCUGAGUUAGAUUUUUUUGUGUGCACAUCUGCCAAUGGUUUGUGAUUUAGGCAGCUAAAUUUAUUGCUUUGUGGUUAUAUGUUGAUUUCUUUCAUUUCUAACAAUAUGAUGUUGGAAAGCUUUCAGUGUCCUAAAAUACCCCUUAAUCUUUAGUUGCAUUUUUCUUCUGUGAUAUAUGUAGUGUAUUAUUUGCAGUAUGUGUGUUGUCCAUUUAAGAUGUACAAUAUUCAUAGUUGUAAUAUGUAAUCUGGGAAUACACAUGUAAUCCAAGAUGGGCAUGAAUGGAAGGAAAUGUUUUUAAACAUCAAUGUCUGAUCAUGUUGAUUCAGUGGAAAUCCUAGAAUGAUAAUAAAAAAUACAAGUUUCUUUCUUUUUU